CUCGGCACACAAAAUUUAGCAUUUUUUUGCUUGAAAAUUGUGUGUUUGGAGGUAGUGCAAUUUCUUUAAAUUUUCACGUACUUAGAGGACAGAAAAGUGUUCAAAAACCCGCCAAAGAUCUCCCGCGAGAGAUGUAGAGUCUGACUAGUGUAGAAAAUUGGAAAAUACUAAAAUGGAUUUGGAGAAUAAUAACAAAAUUCACGGACUUUCCACCGCAGAGGCACUGUCGCGCCUUCGGGAUGAAAUUGCCAACAUCCUGUUGGUAUAUCAGAGGAGAUUUGACACAGAAAGAUGGACUGAGAAACUUCGUGCCACAUUUAGUGCAGGACCUCUGCACUCAUUUGCCAUUUUUACAUCCUUCCUGGCAAUUGUCCUCCUUCUGAUCUCACAGAACUUCUUGGCUGCCAUUAUCGUUCUUGCGCUUCUCAUCCUUAACAUUUGGCUCGUGAUUAGGGAAAAUAAUCUCAAAAGAUCGGAAAUUCACAGGAAGAUUGAGGAUGUUUUAGACGUGAUCAGGUUGGCAAUUUCAGGCUGCCACAAAUGGACUGCCUCAAACUAUCCUCAUCUCUGCUCUCCACUAUCGCCGUGCGUGACACUCCAGUGUACCGUUCGUGAUAGAAAAAUAAUUAAUCUUCCAUGGGCCCUCCUUGUUCGUGGGGAUCACAUUGUAAUUCGUCCUGGCCAGGUGGCUCCGGGAAAUUGCCGGGAAGUCAAUGGAGAACGUUGCUUUGCAACCGGUGAAACGUACACGCAAACAGAAGGCGCGGAUCCCCCUGUUGUUCCCACCCAGCGAUCUCCACUGCCCGAUCUCACGUGCAUCCUCGAGGGGACACCCUUUCUGGAUAAUCUGAAAACCACCCUGGAAAAGUUCCUCAAUCGCCCAGAGACAAUUUUCAACCAACAAAGGCAUUUGCUCGUGACUGUUUUCAUCCAACUAUGGGGCUUCUUGGGCGUAAUCCUCAUAACGUGGAUCUUUGCCGUCCUCAACUACAAUGGGCAUCUUUUUGCUGAUUCUGAACUCACGUGGAUUGAUGCAUUUAUGGAGAAUGCCGUAUGUGCCGUGAUUCCCACACUUCCCCUAAUUUUUCCCGCCAUGUGGCUCCUUCUCAAUCUCUGGGGUGUGGCGAAGUUGGAAACCCUUCUGUCCAUUCCGCGUCCGUUUCAGGAGAAAUCCAGCCCGAGUGAAUUUCACGCGGAUCUGGAUAAUUCUCCAGUCGUCGAUUGGAGCAAUCUCGUACUACCGUGGAGGAUAAAAGUUGGCAAUUGGAUUAACUUGAUCCAGGGAGAUGCCUCUGUUCUGGGUCGAAGUUCAAAUGUAGUCCAAAUUUUGGGCACAAUGACAGCUCUGUGCUGUGUGGAUAAGAAGGGAAUCCUUUCAUGGCCUAAUCCUACAGCUGAGAAGGUGUUCUUCUUGAGGGAUCCGCGAGACAAGACGAGCGCUCACUCAAGUUCAACAAGCUUCGAAUCACAACAAAACGGACAGAGGCCUCAGAAGGAUAAAAGUGUUGCUGAAGUUUUGGAUCUCACGCAUGAUCAGCAUAGUCCGUUUAAAUUGGAAUUCGACAGUCAGAAUUGGAAGAAUCACUUGGACUCUCUCAAACCACUAGGACUCGCAAUCCUCGUAAAUACCUGCUGCCCUCUGACUCAGGCAUACUACGCCCAAUUCUGUGGGCACGUCACGGCUGUGGCGCUCUUUGACAAAGAUUUGGUGCCAGUCACCAAUCGGUAUGAGAUUGUUGAGUCGAGUUUGAAUAGUUUUAUGCAUGGUCGCUGCCUCUGUGGACUUGCAACUAAGAUUGGCUUCAAGAAAAGGGCAAGAGAUGUCUUCACAAUGGAAGGGAAAAUUGCCAGCUAUCGCCAUUUGGAACCGGAUGUAGUACGGCGUGACACGAGAUUCACACGCUCCAUGGAACUUGCAUCGAAAGUAAAAGUCCCCUUUCCGCAUUCUCUUUCCGUUGUGAUGCGCCAACAUCGCGAUCAGUCGUUGCAGCUGCUGACACAGGGUACUGCGGACAUCAUCCUCGAUUGCUGCGACGACUACUGGGAUGGGAAGGAUUUGAGACCGCUGGGAGAGCAGGAACGCAAGAGAGCACAAGACUUCUAUCAACGAAACGCCCUGACGGCAUACUGCACGGCAUUUUCCUAUCGCCCCCUGAGGAGAGGCAUCAAAGGGCCCCUCGCUGGAACAUCCACCGAUGUGGCGUACAUGGAACUCCCACCUGAAUCCAUCUACAAAAUGUCCCACAUUGAUCCAUCCAAGUGUGAGCAUAUAGACACAGCGGAGGAGAGACAAAAGAAGGGUGCCGUGAAUGUGGAUUCCGUAAACUACACGGACACCAAGGCGGAGAAGGUGAAUGAUGUUGAGGGAUGUUUCGAGAUGGAGUGCCAUCAGAUUUUCAUUGGAAUGGUAACAAUGCAAUAUCAAGCUCAAAUGGACAUUGUUCAUUUGAUUGAGAGGCUCGAUCGGGCUUGCAUUCGGUUUGUGCACUUCUCCAAGGAGAAUGAAUUACGUUCUCGUGUUUUCUCCGAGAAGAUGGGCCUGGAAUCAGGAUGGAAUUGUCACAUAUCAUUGCUUAGUGGAGUCCAAAGUGAGGAGCAGCAACACGACGAAGUCCCACCGGCGAUGCCAGAUGAAGAUGCUGAGAAUGAGGAGAGUCAACUAUUGCCUGAAAAUCGUCGUGAUCUCACUUCAUCGGCAUCGGGAUCAAUGUCCAAUGUAGAUUCACUCGAGGGUGCUUGUGGGGUGGAUCGAGCAGCACUUGAUGAUUCAAUUAAGCUCGAUGUGGUGGAUGAGACGGAUCGACAUCCAUCGAAUGAUUCUACACUGGCAUGCGAUAACCCAGGGACAUCGGGUACAUCAGGGAAUGCUGGGAAUGCUCCAACCAAGUCCCUUAGUUGCCUAACAGACUCCACUGAGCACAGUGAUCCUGUCCUCUGGAACGCGAACAAGGCAAAACUCCCGCGAGGAAUUGAGAACAUUCGUCCGCAUCUCGAGAAGGUGGACAAUGUCCCACUACUGGUGUCGCUGUUCACUGAUUGCUCAGCCGAUGCAACACGGGAAAUGUUGGGGAUAAUGCAAUCCUACGGAGAGAUUGUUGUGUGCCUGGGAUCAUCGGCAAAUGCAACAAAUUGCGAGAUUUUCCUCCAGGCGGACUGCAGUAUUGGCGUCGAGCCAUUCUAUCCGCAAGUUUGUCAAGACAUCCCAGCGUACAUUGAGUCAAAUUUAACCAGCCAAAGUACAGGCAGCUAUAGGAGUCGCCUUGCCAAGUGGUUACCACCGCGGCAGUACAACAAGAAUGCCGUGAUCUCCCCCGUGUACCUGAGUCGCCUUCUCAACUCCCUCUCGUGCUCGAUCGCGAUCUCACGCGACGAUCCACUGUCGAUUGUUGCCCUGAUCGAGCUUUCGCGUCGCGUCACGACGGGAGUGUGGAAUUGUCUGCAAUUCCUCAUGUGUUGCCUCUGUUCCUUGGCCGUCGUGAACACCCUGAGUGCAUUCGUCGGUCUCCAUCCCAUCUUCCCACCGCUUACCCUCAUCUACCUCAUGGUCGUCGUGAUUCCAUUGAUUUCACUCACACUCACACGCGUACCCAAUGAUCAGGAUACAAUGCAACGGGCAACAUGGCGAAAAUCCAAAAUGGACAAAAAUCUCUGUCUCUUUGUCUUCUGGUGCUACUGCUGCAAAUUCAUCCCAUCUAUUGUUGUAACGUUUGCCUUCACGUGUGUCUUCCUGGGACAUCCUGUUGCUCUCCUUGCGCAUCACGGUGACAGUUCGAAUGAUGAUCUCAAGUUGGUGAGGUACUUCACUCUCUACGGCAUCAUUAUUCAUUUUGUUGUUAUUUCUUCGAGUUUCGUCCAUCGUAGUCAUCUGCUUUGGCAGCGGAAUCCCUUCUCAAACUCCAUGUGGGUCAUAUGCACGACGAUGAUGUUGACUUUCCACACAAUCCUCCUUCUCGUUCAAGUUCUCCUCGACGAUGACUUUGGGACCAUUUUGGCGGUUAAAUGGCCCGGCGUUGUCUUCCUCCUGCUAUCGAGUUUUGUGGUGCUGUCAAUUGUUGAGCUCAUCAAACGGGAGGAAAUCAAGGCCAACAAUCGAUAUCAAAGGAGAGCCAGAUUGGAUUUUGGUACAAAGUUGGGGAUGAAUUCGCCCUUUUAAAUUUCACUUUCUUGACUUCUUUAUUUGCUUUUACAACAAACAAAAAAUAUUUAAUUUUUUUGAAGAAAGUGAUUUUAUUUUUAAUUUUGGAAACUUUUUAACACGAAAAUUUUUGUAGCGCGUGUUUUAAAAGUGUUGUGAAGAUGAAAGGAAAAAAAAAAGAAAAUUGUAUACAAAAUAUAUUUUGUCCCACUAUAACGUGGAAAUAAAGGGCGUGUGAAGUAGAAUA